AUGGCAUCUGAGACAACUGCCCAGUUUCUUCACUGUGUGAAGAAGCCACCAAAUGUUCGGACAGAUAAAGAUUUGAGCAUGAUAUACACAUACCUUCAUAGUUUAGAAGCUCUGUCUGGCAUGAGAGAGCGGGCACUCCAAAGCCUGUGCUCUGUAGUUCGGUAUGAAUUCCACGAAGCCAAUAGUAUAAUUUACUACCAAGGACAGAUUGCAACGUGUUGGUAUAUCUUACUGUCGGGAUCCGUGUUUAUUGAAGGAUCUAUGUUUUUACCACGGAGCAG